AUGGAUGCUUGCUCAGUUGUAAGACUUGUUCGCACAGGCACCACUAGACUAGCAAAAUUUUUGGAAAAAGAGGUUCUUGAGUCAAGUGGUACUCAACGCUCUAGGUCCUUUGAUGCAAAAAUAAAAGAUGAUAUUGCAAUGUCAUUACAGACACUUUUAAAUUUAAAGGAAAGAGAUGUGGAACGUGUUGUUUGGGAGGAACAAAAACUUAUUGAUGAACGUCUGGCGACGUGUCUUGUGCCUUAUCAAGUGGCAGCAAAUAUCAUCAUGAGAGGACUUCCGAAGGAGGUGAGAAAAAAAUGUAUGGAGGAACUGAAGGCCGAGGAAAAUUUCCUUGCAGAAGGGAUUACAUGUAAAGGGGACAACAAAUUUAUACAGUGGAAAGAGCAGGAUGUAUUUGUCUCUACUGGACUAAACUAUCUCAGGCGGGUUUCUCCUCUCCGAUCUUCUCGUACUCCCGUUAUCGCAGUUAUGGGUCACACUCAACAUGGAAAGACAACGCUUCUUGAUGUUUUACAGCGGACGAAUUUUCGUAACGAAGAGUCCAGGGGCACAUCUCAGACCAUUCGAGCUUUCACGAUCCCUGGCUCUGAGGAAAUCGUCAGAUCGGUAACAUUUGUUGAUACACCUGGUCAACGCAUAUUCACAGAGACUCGUUUUCAUGCACAAAGUAUAGCAGAUGCCAUACUUUUAGUUGUUUCCUUGGUGGAGGGUGUUCAAAGUCAGACCUACGAAACCAUCAAAGUGGCUUUAAACCUUGAUAGACCGAUUGUGGUGGUACUAAAUAAGCUGGAUCUUUAUUCAGAUUCACAAAAAGCGAAUGAGGCCGUGUUUAAUAUUCUCAUGGAUUUACGAGAGGCGGGAGUGAAUGUUGUUAUGAUUCAUAAAGAGAAAGAUAUUGAACGACUACACGUAUGUAAAUCCGGUCCAAAAUCCAACACACUACUUUCAGAAGAGGCUCAUAAUACGUUUCAGUUAUUUGCACCAAUGAAAAAAAUAGAUCCUAAAUAUAAAGGAAGUAGCACACAUCCAGUGCUGAACUUACAGCGCAGCUGCACCGGGAUAUGUAUAUCAGCGAAGAAAAGCGAGAAUAUAAAUCUUCUUUGGUUACUUAUUGAACGGAUGUCUUCAGUGUUAUCACCAGUUUGUCAUAGCAAAACAGAGGAUUAUACUUCACAUUCUUGCUCACAUCAGGCCGUUAUCUUGGAGUCCUCAAAACAUCUAUUUGAUGAAGAGAGUUUUAGAAUUCGGAAGAGUGUGCAACAGCUUCAAAAGAAGCAAAUUACCGCCUUUGAAAAACGACAGUUGCAAUUUGGAAAGAACAGUGUUUGUGUGAGAUUGCAUUCUGCUCUCAAUGCUGCCAGAAAAAAGGUACAGAGCUCGAAUCCAACAAGUACGAGAUGUCUUGUUUUGACCGUUGUCGUCAGGGAGGGCUGCCUCACAAGAGGCAUGCCCUUUGUUGCAGAUCAAACGAAAGGGCGUGUGGAUUACAUGAUAGACUCUAUUGGUAAUUAUGUGAAUGAAGCGUAUCCCGGUACAGCUGUUACAAUUAUUGAUCUUCACAGUAACACUGGAUGCCCUGGUGUAAGAACUCAUCUACUUUCAAUGCCUUCAAUGGAGGAACGAGAUCGAGUUUUUGAAUACAGGCGUUUGCUGCAGUGGUUUGUUGAGUGUUUCCCUACUCGUUUGAAUCUUCUUCGUCCGCGAGGGAUGGACGUGUCCUUUGCAUACCUUGGUGAUUAUGGGCAACUUAAAAAUACGCGUUGUUUAGAGUACCAAUUGCUUUAUGGACCUCCACAGGAUGCAUCCUUAACAGAGCUUAACUCAGAAUCCACGCAACACACGAUCACAAUGAGUGAUUCUACACCGCGUGAGAAGAGUAUUGCAGAGUAUUUGUCGGAGAAAAAUUUGGAGCAUGAAGAGCGUCAUAACGAGCUUUUAUUGGAUGAUGGAUUUCAUGGAAAAACAUUUUUGGACGAUGAUCUUGCGGUAACGUUAGAAAAUACUUGGACACAGUUACAACCUCACAAUAGGCCUGAGACCCAAGCGAAGUAUGAUGAAAUGAUUAAAAGCAGUGUCCAGAUCGGUGUGCUUUUUAAGGUUGACUCCUGGCACAGCGCCCGAAUGCUAUAUCGUGAGCUCACUCGGUUGGGUACACGCAAGGUGGCAUUCCAAGCUGUUGGAAUGCGGUUCGGUGAGUUGAAUGUAGAUGAUAUUAUGUUUUUUGGGCGAGCAAUGAAGAUUGCCAUUUGCUAUCGGACUCCUGUAGGUCUGUCUACUGACCUUGAUAGAUACCUUGAAAUCAAUGACACUUGGGUCCUGCAGACAGAUGAUGUCUCAGAGGUUGUUUUGUUCCUUAAGUGGUGCGCGGUGGCGCUCCAUAAGGAGUAUGCCCCUGAUGAUUAUGGAGUGACCGGGCAAAGUCAUAAAAACUACUUGGUACUCAUGAAGGAUGGAGCUGGAGGGGGCCUUGUGAAGAAAGCGGAGCCACCAAAUAAUGGCCGACGCCGCAGGCUGCUUAUUACACCAAAAUCUUCACAUUCAAAUCUGUAA